CCCGAGCCGCGCCGGGCCGAAGGGCCCGCAGAGCCCCUUCCUGCUGCGAGCGUCACGCAUGACGUGACGCGUGAUGGGCGGGAAGGCGGGGGCUACGCGCAGAGAGGAAGGCGGGUCUGCGGCUGCAGGGCGCUGGAGCGCGGGGCGCAGACAAGCAAAAUGGGUGAAUUACCCUUAGGCAUCAACAUCCAGGAGCCUCGCUGGGACCAAGGCACUUUCCUGGGCAGAGCCCGGCAUUUCUUCACUGUGACUGACCCCCGGAAUCUACUGCUGUCUGGGGCACAGCUGGAAGCUGCCCGGAAUAUUGUGCAGAACUACAGGGCUGGUGUGGUGACCCCAGGGCUCACUGAGGACCAGCUGUGGAGGGCCAAGUACGUGUACGACUCUGCCUUCCACCCUGACACGGGAGAGAAGAUGAUCCUGAUUGGCCGCAUGUCAGCCCAGGUGCCCAUGAACAUGACCAUCACCAGCUUCAUGCUCACCUUCUACAGGCAGACCCCAACUGUGGUGUUCUGGCAGUGGGUGAACCAAUCCUUCAAUGCCAUCGUUAACUACUCCAACCGCAGUGGUGACGCCCCCAUCACUAUGAGGCAGUUGGGAACAGCAUAUGUGAGUGCCACCACCGGAGCUGUGGCCACAGCCCUGGGACUCAAAUCUCUCACCAAGCACCUGCCCCCCCUCAUCGGCAGGUUCGUGCCCUUUGCCGCUGUGGCAGCUGCCAACUGCAUCAACAUCCCCCUGAUGAGGCAGAGGGAGCUGCAGGUAGGCAUCCCAGUAACUGAUGAGGCUGGCCAGAGGCUGGGGCACUCAGUGACCGCAGCCAAGCAAGGAAUCUUCCAGGUGGUGAUAUCGAGAAUCGGCAUGGCGAUCCCUUCUAUGGUCGUCCUCCCCAUGAUCAUGGACUCCCUGGAGAAGAAAGACUUUCUGAAGCGCCGCCCCUGGUUGGGAGCACCCCUGCAAGUAGGACUGGUGGGCUUCUGCCUGGUCUUUGCUACCCCCCUGUGCUGUGCCCUGUUCCCACAGAGAAGCUCCAUCCGUGUGAGCAGCCUGGAGCCGGAGCUGAGAGGUCAGAUCAGUGAACACAGCCCCAGCACUGAAGUGGUUUACUACAACAAGGGCCUCUGAGGGAGGGUCAAUGCCUGGCUCCCUUUUUCACCUCCUUGGGCUACUGCUUUAGUGGAGCCUUGCCAACCUACCACCUGCUCAUCUGCCUGGCACUGAAUGAGGGCUUGUGGGGUGGGCAGCAACCAUUGAAACUAGCAAUCAUUAGGCUGGGAAAGGUGCCCCCCAAAUAAGCCUUUUUGCCUCUCUUCUCUCUGGUUUCAAAAGUCAGGGUCACACUAUCCCUUUCUCCUGCACUUGUGUGUCUAUGUAUAAGUAUGGUGUGUGUGUGCACCUGUACACGUCAUCCUGGGAGUGAGGAACAGACACGCUGUCCUGGGAUGUCCUGAUGUUUGACUUCUCUUCUCAGCCUACUGCCACGGCCAGGCAGCUAGGCUGCAGGACUUCCCUCUCUCGACUGUUCCACCAGCAAAGUAAUUUCUGAUAGCACUUUGCCUCCUCCUGGAGACAGGAGGAGCCCCAGAACCCCAGGACAGACUGAGGGAUCCCCACAGGCCAGAUUGGGCUGGGUCCUUUAGCUUUCUGAUUCUUGGCUCCUGAAGCUGGAAUGAAGGAGGCAGGGGGCCACCCCACUCCCACAUCCGGGAAUAGACUAUUUGUCCAGAACCAAAGGGUGUCUGUGCCAUGUGGACACCUCCAGGCACAAUCCUAGGGGUUCUUGUUCAGCUCUAACAUCAGUGUAGAAUCUAAACUUAUACUGCCAGCCCCCUCUACCAACCAUAUUGUCAUUAAGGCAGAACAAGCAUUCCCCUUUCAGAGCCCCGCUGUGCCAGGGGCACAGCUGUGGGACGGUGCUUCAACUCCACAGGUACCUGGGUGGGUGUAACAAGACACCUUCCAGGGCAGCUAGGCCUGGAGCAUACAAUCUUAAGACAGGGAGUUUGUGUUCCACUGACCCUUGUAGACAUUUAGCAGAACUCCUCUUUCUUGAGGGUUGGGCCCAUGUCCACCUCCAUCCCCAAGCAGAGGAAGGGCCCUAGCACCCAUGGCUAGUCCAGAGAGGUGGUGGGUUUGGGGUGUGAGACUUGGUGGCGCACUCCUGUGGCCUCUGGCUAAAGUAGUGGGGAGGGCAGAUGAAGGCCCCAGUGGGAUCCCAUAAGAGCAGGACAUGAUCCCCUAGCCAAUUGCCACCUGUGAUAAAAGCUGUGCUGCUCUUGUACUCAAUAAACAGAAAACUUGUCUGCCUCUA